AUGUUUGGACAUUCUUCCACUGUUUCCCUUCUUCUCCAACACGAUUCUAUUUCAGUAAAUGAGCCUGGCCCUCACAAAUUUACUGCGUUGCUCUUCGCAUCGGCAAACGGGAUGCGCGAAAGCGCUGAAAAUCUAUUGCGACAUCCUGAUACUGAUUCUACCACAAUUGAUGACAAAGGACGCACGUCGCUCUGGUGGGCACAGCAUGGAGGACAUUCCGAAAUUGUUCGACUUCUUUCCAGAUAG